UUCGAUACUGGCUCGAGCGACUUUUUCCUCCCGGACCCCUCUUGCUUUGACUGUGGUAGUCAUCACACCUACGACCCGUCCCAAUCCUCCACGUCCACUUACCUGGGAAAUGAUUUCUUCUUGUCCUAUGGAGAUGGUUCGGAGAGUUUUGGCAUGCAGUACAAUGACGCUGUAUCAGUCAGUGGUCUGACAGUCCAAGUCCAGACUUUGGGUGCAGCCGUUUCUUACUCGGUCGGAUUUGAGCGUAUGGUUCCGGACGGUCUCAUGGGUCUCGCUUGGCCCCAAUUAUCUGACUUCCCUGCGACACCCUUUAUUUUCAACCUCUACGACCAAGGCACUCUCUCUUCUAAUUCAUUCUCAUUCAAGCUCGCAGAAUCUGGGUCCAGUCUCUUCAUUGGCGGUGCAGACUCGUCCCUGUAUACAGGCAGCUUCUCUUAUACCCCAGUCACCGAGCAAGGCUUUUGGCAGGUGACAGCCGACGCACUCCUGAUUGGGGAUACCGUAAUCGCAAAUGACCAAGAUUCGGUAGUUGAUUCUGGAACCACACUCGUAAUCGUCGAUCCUAUCACUGCCGGCUUACUGUACUCGAACAUUCCUGGAGCCCAGAAGGACUCGUCUGUCGGACGCGGGAUUUAUACCAUGCCGUGCGAUAAUGUCCCGAGCAAUGUCAAAAUCAUCUUUGCCGGCCAGACGGUCACCAUUCCGCCCGAUGUCUUCAACUUUGGUCCACUCUCCCAGGGUUCGACGACGUGUAUUGGUGGCGUGGCGGCUGGCAAAUUCGGGUUCUGGAUUCUGGGCGACGUCUUCAUGCGCAAUGUCUAUACCCAAUUCGACAUGGAGAACUACCAGGUCGGCAUCGCAGCUCUGGCUUAG